AUGGGGUUUCUAUCGUUGACGAUGGGGUUUGGAAUGGAAUGGAGGAGAUGGGCGGAGUUUUUGGCGAAUGAGCGGCACAUCGACAUUCGAAUGUCCAUUUUGUUCUGGACACGGGCGAGCCGGAAUGCAGAACGCGUCGAGACCUUCACAACUAGCGACGAGAAGUCAGUUUCGCGACCCAGAGCUGAAAAAUACUGUAAUUUAGUGAGAGAUCGUGAAACAUUUAUAGUUAAGCUAGUGACUAUGACAGUGCAGAAACGCAAUGAAUUCGGUUGGAGGGAGGAGUUCUAA